AUGAAUAGAGAAAACCAGCCUCUUCUCCUGAAGGGACGACGAGGCGACAAGCAAUUCGCCAGAAAGAUUGACAAAGCGUGCAUCAUCGCCGGCUAUUUCAACGACUUGCUUCUGUUCGGUGGACUCUUAAUAGGCGGCUACUUGCCAAUUCUGGCCCCAACUACCAGCGUUGACGAUGUCCUCGAGCAUUACCGAAAGUGGGAGAGGGGCAUACAGAUAUGCGGUACCAUGUGGGUUUUCUCUGGGAUCACCUACCCGUUCUUCGCCUCCGCAGUCUCGAAGCAGCUGAAGCGCAUUCCUGGCAUCAACCCAACACUUGUUACUGCCUGGAAUAUGGCAAGCAUGGCGGUGACCAUGCUGGUACUUAUUCCGGGGCUCUUUAUGUGCCAGGCUGCAUAUCGCCUCGAUCGGAGCCCGGCCGUGACAUCGAUGCUGCACGACAUCAUUAUCAUAUACAUCGUUGUCCCGUUCACCCCCUUGGCGGUCCAGGGGUGGCUUGUCGCCCUCGCGGUCUAUCAGGAUUAUGCUGGAGACAGAGAUCCGUCUCCAUCUCGACAUCUUUUCCCACGAUGGGUUGGCUGGUUCAGCCUGAUCGCGCCUAUUCUGAUGAUCCCAGCCUGUGCGGCUCACUUUGUCUAUAGUGGCCCCCUGGCGUGGAAUGGCGUCCUGGCGUUCUGGAUUCCUGCUAUAUCUUUUGGGAUCCAGGUCAACGUCAUGAGCUACGCAUCUUUCUCUGUGAUCGACAAGGAGCUGGAUCAUGAACAAGAGAGCCUCGAAGAUUAA